AUCAAGCUUGAUAUUUUUUCAAGGAUAUGAGCGUCAUGGAAGAAGCUGCAAGAAUGAAUCUGUAAUGAAAGACUAAUUUAAGGCUUUUUAGUUUUACCCCGAUCGAUAUGGAUGAAUGAGAAUGAAUUUGAAAACCCUUUUUCAGGAUUUUAACCCUAGUAAGUUUUUGGUCUUCACCUGCCUGCUGCUGUUUUCUCUGUUAUUUGCCCUGAGGUUAGACAACACCAUAGAAUGGAGUUACUGGGUCAUCUUCCUCCCUAUCUGGAUCUGGAAGAUCUUUGUCAUUGUCGGGGCUUCCUUAGGGAGCUACAUCUGGUGGAAACAUCCCCAGUACAGAAUGGAGAACAACAGCCACGUGCAGUUUAAGGCCAUGGUGAUUUGUACCGGAAUGCAUCUGCUGUUGUUGAUGUUUGAGAUUCUGGCUUGUAAUAAUCUGGAGACAGAAAUUCACUCCUGGAUCCUAGUUUUCAUUCCUCUCAUGUUUAUGUCUUUAGUUUCCAUAGGAAUCUGUAUAUGGGCCGUCAAAAAUGAAAGGUCCUUUGAGAUGGAGUUCUUUUGCUCAGUGAACAUAUUACAGUUUAUAUUCCUGGCACUGCGUCUAGACAAGUACAUUGACUGGAGUUGGGUGAUUGUUUUUAUCCCUAUAUGGAUUGUGAUGUGUACUGCUAUGAUUGGUGUUCUGUAUGCUAUUAUACUGGCGAUCAUCCUCGUUAAAUCUCCUGACAUUGUCCCUCAGCAUCGGCGCGGUAAUGUCUCCUCAGCUGUGGGCUAUUCCUUCCUUGUUGUUCCCUUACUUAUAUUUGAGGUGCUUUUAGCCAAUCGCUUGGAUGGAGAUAAUCAUUUUAAAUACACUGCCAUAACUGUUCCAUUAUUUGUGUCUCUUAUUACUAUGAUCUGUCUUUCAUUUGGAGCUAAGGGAGGUAAUCAAUGGUGGUUUGGAAUGAGAAAAGAUUUUUGUCUGUUUGUUCUGGGAGUGUGUCCAUUCCUGCAGGAAUAUGGAAACAUCUCUUAUUCCUUACAUAAAAAUCACCGUAAUCAGGAGUCAUCUGACCCACAAACUAAAACAGAAUCUGCCAAAAAAUACAAACCCACAGACCAGACCAAAGUUGUGGUGCCAGUUAUAUCUAUAGAGACACCAGACUGAGUUGUAAGUUUUGUGUAUCAGUCCGGAGAAUUCAGGGAAAUGUGUUUCAAACAUCAUUUUAGAAUGUUCAUUCCAUGUAUAUUUAUUGCAUUUCCAGUUUUUAUGGCUUUGUGAGUGUCAUUACUGUCGUAGCAUAGGAAUUGGAAUACCUAUUAACCUUACCAAAGUUUUCAGAGAAAAAAAUUGCAAUAAUUUAGUAAAGUAUUAAUACAUUUUUUUAUUUCCUGAAAAUUUCAGUAUAUGUACUUGAUAGGUAUGCCUAUUCCUGGGGUUGUAGCUACUUCCUUCAAGUUAGAGCCUCAGUUAACGUCCCUUCAGUCCUUAUAUACCUCGGCGCCGAGUCAAAAAUAUCUCGCCAUGAACCUCUAGCAUGCUGGAGUAGGGUGGUAGUUUAUUUGAUAUAUCAAGGAGAUUAAAUCAAAGUAUCCACCAAAAUAGAACUAAUUCAUCCCCCCUACACACAAACA